AUGGUAAGCUGCAGGCUUACAGGAACAUGGCGCAACAUUCGGGUUUGGAGCACCGAUAACGCCGAGCUCCUUCUCGAAAUCGACGCUCAUGAAGAAUUCGUUCUCAGUGUUGUGUGGUUGCCUGACAGCCAGCAACUUAUCUCUGCAUCAGCGGACAAAACAAUCAAGUUUUGGGACUCGUCGAAUGGGGCACAAAUCGGUCAACCUUGCACUUCCUACAUUAGGUCACUUGCCAAUUCUUCCGAUGGCUCUUUCAUUGCCACUGCCUCGGGAGAUAAGACUAUGCACCUGUGGAGCACAAGGUCAUACCAACAAAUAGAACAAGCACUCGAACACACCGCAUUGGUUUUCUGUGUUGCAAUUUCUCCCAGUGGAGAACUGCUUGCGAGUGGAGACAAGUAUGGAAAUCUUCAACUCUGGUCUAUCGAGAACACACUUUGCGCAGCAUUAGGGACCGAUUCCUUGUAA